UUGCCAGCAGCAGCUGUGGCUGUUUAUUAGCGUGUUACAUAAUUCUUUCUCCCUGGUUCCUGUCUGAUGCUUAUCUCUCCCGGCAUCCCAUCUUGCCUCGCCUGGGGUUCGAAAGUCCUUGGUUGAUCCCCCGACCUGAAAAUCAUCAGUUCCUCCAGGAGUGCUCCACCGGUGCGGACCCAUACCCGCCGACCAGCCCGGUGACAUACCGGCAAGUAAUCUCCUCCCAUCGCAACGUAUCCAGGAGACAAGCAUCCUGAGCAGCGGAGCAGGAUGAAGAACACCGUCGCUACAUUUCUGUUGCUGCUCAUCGCAGAGAAGGUGGCAUUAGCGGGAAGAACACGAACAGUGGAUGGAACCGAUUACGAAUGCAAGGAGGUGGAGGCUGUCUGCCCCGGCGAACUUAUAUUUACUGGGCUGGUCUGUGGAAGCAACAGCAUCACCUACCCAUCCAAGUGCGACCUUGUCCGGGAGGUGUGCACACGUGAUACGUAUCAGACGUUUGAAUUCAGCCACCUGGGGCCCUGCACAGAUGCUGACUGCCCAUCACACUGUAGGGGUGAGGGAUUCCACUAUGUCUGUGGUAUCACGGGAUGCAGGGAGCGCACGUUCAGAAACUUCUGCCACCUGAAGAAGGUCAGCUCGGCCUGCAAGCCAGAGCGCCGCAUUCCGCUGACUUUCUCCUAUAAGGGCUUCUGCCGCAACCCAGGUCGCAGGAUAUCAAACUGCACUGAUGUUGAAAUCAUGCAGCCCACAGACAAGGACCCAGCUGUGCAAACGGAAAUUCCAGAAGACAUCAAACUCCAAACUGAUGCUCCAAAAACACCUACUGAUGCUCCUCUUCCACUGACUGAAAAAGAAGCUGAACCCACCGCUUCUGUAGAAACUACUGAUACUCCAGUAAAGCCUACUGAUGCUCCAGUUAAACCAACCGAUGCUCCCGUUGAACCAACUAAUGCUCCUGUUGAACCUACUGCAGAUCCAGUCAAACCUACUGAUGCACCAGUUCAACCUACCCACAAAGCAGUUGAGCCUACUGAUGCUCCUGUAGAACCUACUGUAGCUUCCGUUGAACCAACUGAUGCUCCUGUUGAACCAACUUCAGUCCCAGUCGAGGCUACUGAUGCACCAGUUAAGCCAACUGAUGCUCCAGUUAAACCAACUGAUGCUCCAGUUGAACCUACUGCAGCUCCAGUCAAACCUACUGAUGAACCAGUUCAACCUACCGACAAAGCAGUUGAGCCUACUGAUGCUCCUGUUCAACCUACUGAAGCGCUAGUUGAACCAACUGAUGCUGCUGUUGAAACUACUGCAGCUCCAGUCGAACUUACUAAUGCACCAGUUCAACCUACCGACAAAGCAGUUGAGCCUACUGAUGCUCCUGUUCAACCUACUGCAGCUCCAGUCAAACCUACUGAUGCUCCCAUUGAACCAACUGAUGCUCCAGUCGAGGCUACUGCUGCACCAGUUAAGCCUACUGAUGCUCCAGUGAAACCUACUGAUGCCCCAGUUGAACCAACUGAUGCUGCUGUUGAACCUACUGCAGCUCCAGUCGAACCUACUGAUGCACCAGUUGAACCUACCGACAAAGCAGUUGAGCUUACUGAUGCUCCUGUUCAACCUACUGAAGCGCCAGUCGAGCCUACUGAUGCUGCUGUUGAACCUACUGCAGCUCCAGUCAAACCUACUGAUGCUCCCAUUGAACCAACUGAUGCUCCAGUUGAACCUACUGCAGCUCCAGUCGAGGCUACUGAUGCUCCAGUUAAGCAUACUGAUGCUCCAGUCAAACCUUCUGAUGCUGCUGUUGAACCAACUGAUGCUCUUGUUGAACCUACUGCAGCUCCAGUCGAGGCUACUGAUGCACCAGUUAAGCCUACUGAUACUCCAGUCAAACCUACUGAUGCUGCUGUUGAACCAACUGAUGCUCCUGUUGAAUCUACUACAGCUCCAGUCGAAUCUACUGAUGCUCGCAUUGAACCAACUGAUGCUCCUGUUGAACCUACUGCAGCUCCAGUUGAGGCUACUAAUGCACCAGUUAAGCCUACUGAUGCUCCAGUCAAACCUACUCCAGUCGAACCUACUAAUGCACCAGUUCAACCUACCGAUAAAGCAGUUGAGCCUACUGAUGCUCCUGUUCAACCUACUGAAGCGCCAGUCGAGCCUACUGAUGCUCCUGUUGAACCUACUGCAGCUGCAGUAGAACCUACUGAUGCACCAGUUCAAUCAACCGACAAAGCAGUUGAGCCCACUGAUCCUCCUACUGAUGGUAAGAAAGUUGAUACUAUGCAGACAACUCAAGGUCCAGUCCAAGCUACUGAUGCACCAGUUCAACCUACUGAAGCGCCACUCGAGCCUACUGAUGCUCCUGUUGAAUCUACUACAGCUCCAGUCGAAUCUACUGAUGCUCGCAUUGAACCAACUGAUGCUCCUGUUGAACCUACUGCAGCUCCAGUCGAGGCUUCUGAUGCACCAUUGAAGCCUACUGAUGCUCCAGAUGCUCCAGUGAAACCUACUGAUCCUGCUGUUGAACCUACUGCAGCCCCAGUCGAACCUACUGAUGCACCAGUUCAACCUACCGACAAAGCAGUCGAGGCCACUGAUGCACCAGUUAAGCCUACUGAUGCUCCAGUGAAACCUACUGAUGCCCCAGUUGAACCUACAGACAAAGCAGUUGAGCCCACUGAUGCUCCUGUUGAACCUACUGAAGCUCCAGUCGAGGCCACUGAUGCACCAGUUAAGCCUACUGAUGCUCCAGUGAAACCUACUGAUGCCCCAGUUGAACCAACUGAUGCUUCUGUUGAAUCUACUGCAGCUCCAUUCAAGGCUACUGAUGCACCAGUUAAGCCUACUGAUGCCCCAGUCAAACCUACUGAUGCUGCUGUUGAACCAACUGAUGCUCCUGUUGAACUUACUGAAGCUCCAGUCGAGGCUACUGAUGCACUAGUUAAGCAAACUGAUGCUCCAGUGAAACCUACUGAUGCGCCAGUCGAGCCUACUGAUGCUCCUGUUGAACCUACUGCAGCUGCAGUCGAACCUACUGAUGCACUCGUUCAGCCUACUGACGAAGCAGUUCAGCCUACUGAUGCCCCUGUUGAACCUACUGAUGGUCCUGUUGAGCCUACUGAAGCUCCCGUUGAGGCUACUGAUGCACCAGUCCAGGCUACUGAUGCACCAGUUAAUGAAGCUCCAGUCGAGGCUACUGAUGCACUAGUUAAGCAAACUGAUGCUCCAGUGAAACCUACUGAUGCGCCAGUCGAGCCUACUGAUGCUCCUGUUGAACCUACUGCAGCUGCAGUCGAACCUACUGAUGCACUCGUUCAGCCUACUGACGAAGCAGUUCAGCCUACUGAUUCCCCUGUUGAACCUACUGAUGGUCCUGUUGAGCCUACUGAAGCUCCCGUUGAGGCUACUGAUGCACCAGUCAAGGCUACUGAUGCACCAGUUAAGCCUACUGACGAAGCAGUUCAGCCUACUGAUGCCCCUGUUGAACCUAGUGAUGGUCCUGUUCAACCUACUGAAGCGCCAGUCGAGGCUACUGAUGCUCCUGUUGAACCUACUGCAGCUCAAGUCGAAUCUACUGAUGCACCCAUUCAACCUACUGACAAAGCAGUUCAGCCUACUGACGCUCCUGUUGAACCUACUGAUGCUCCCAUUGAACCAACUGAUUCUCCUGUUGAACCUACUGAAGCUCCAGUCGAGGCUACUGAUGCACCAGUUCAGCCUACUGAUGCUCCAGUGAAACCUACUGAUCCUGCUGUUGAACCUACUGCAGCCCCAGUCGAACCUACUGAUGCACCAAUUCAACCUACCGAUAAAGCAGUCGAGGCCACUGAUGCACCAGUUAAGCCUACUGAUGCUCCAGUGAAACCUACUGAUCUCCAGUAG